AUGGGAAAAUCGUCAAAAGACAAGCGCGACGCCUACUACCGGCUCGCCAAAGAACAAGGCUGGCGCGCCAGAAGUGCUUUCAAGCUCCUCCAGUUGGAUGAGGAAUUCAACCUCUUCGAAAAUGUCACCCGAGUUGUAGACCUGUGUGCUGCCCCGGGCAGUUGGUCUCAAGUUCUCUCCAGAGUCCUGAUCAAAAAUGAAAAAUUCGGCCGCUGUGCCUGGGAAGACCGUGAAGCCCAGUUCCGUCAGAGGAUGCUCAACUUAAUCCCAUCAGCGUCCUCCCAAGAGGACAGCCAGCAAGAAACGAAGCAAGACGUUGAAAUGGCCAACACACAAGAUGAAACCACCGCCAGGCCAGACGUCAAGAUCGUCUCCAUCGAUCUCCAGCCCAUCAGCCCCCUCCCGGGCGUCAUCACCCUCCGAGCCGAUAUCACCCACCCCGCCACCGUCCCCCUUCUCCUCAAAGCGCUGGACCCAUCUUACGACCCCGAAACAUCCACCAACCAGCAAGCCCAACACCCAGUCGACCUCGUCAUCAGCGACGGUGCUCCUGAUGUCACCGGUCUACACGACCUCGACAUCUACGUCCAAUCCCAGCUCCUCUUCGCCGCCCUCAACCUCGCCCUCUGCGUGUUAAAACCAGGCGGAAAGUUUGUCGCCAAAAUUUUCCGCGGCCGCAACGUGGACCUCCUCUACGCCCAGCUCAAGGUCUUCUUCGAGAAAGUCCAUGUGGCCAAGCCAAGGUCUUCCCGUGCGAGCAGCGUGGAGGCGUUCAUCGUCUGCAUCAACUUUCAGCCGCCAGAGGGUUUCAAGGCCAGCCUGGAGGAGCCCUUGGGCGUGGGUAGCCGGCUGGCUGAGUUGCAAGAGCAACAGCAAGACCCCAUCUCGCAGUCUGAGCCAUCAAAAGCGGAUGAUGAUGGUAUCACUGAGGUUAUCCUCGAGGACCUUUCCGGAAGCGAUAACAAGAACAGAUGGAUAGCCCCUUUCAUCGCCUGCGGUGACCUUUCGGCUUUCGAUUCUGAUGCCUCUUAUAAGCUCGCAGCCGGUCACGUUUCUCUGCCUCCUGUGCAACCACCUACUGCGCCGCCUUACAAACGGGCUAUUGAGUUGAGGAGGCAGAAUGGAGGUGCCUAUGGGAAGCCGGUAGUUGCCAAAUAG